UUUGUGACAUCUUGUAUAAUGCGCGUUCUUUCAUUAUUAUUUGCCAAUGAAUGUUUUGCCGGAUUAUAAACAAAAUUAUUGAAUCAAUUGUGUAUUAAGUGAGGAUCCAAAGAGUGAACUAUUAUUUUUAAAAUUGCGUUCAUCUUCGUUCGGUUGCAAAUAUGAAACUUGUAAGAUUUCUUAUGAAAUUGAGCCAUGAAACGGUCACAAUUGAAUUGAAAAAUGGUACACAAGUACACGGUACAAUAACCGGUGUCGAUGUUGCCAUGAAUACGCAUCUGAAAGCCGUUAAAAUGACCAUCAAGAAUCGGGAUCCAGUGCAGCUGGAAAGUUUGAGCAUUCGUGGUAACAAUAUUCGGUACUACAUUCUGCCCGACAGUUUACCAUUGGAAACACUGCUGAUCGAUGACACACCAAAGUCAAAAGCUAAAAAGAAAGAUGCAGCUCGUGCCGGUGCACAGAGAGGUGGACGAGGUCGCGGAACGAGGGGCGGACGUGGUGGUCCACGCGGAAGAGGAGGAAGAGGCGGAAUGGGUGGUAUGGGCAGCGGACGAGGACAUGGUGGACCGAGACGUUAAGAAAUUCUUAUUCCAACACUUGAAAGUUCUUUACAGACUUUAAUGGAUAUGUGAAAGUGAAGUUGAAUUAUAUUUUGAAUCAAAAUGCUAAUUUUUCAUGAUUCAGAAGUGUAUUCGUAUAAAAAUACAGCAAACAAGAAAAAAAAUUGGUAAAAA